AUGAAAGUAAUGUCCGGCCCAGCCCUGGCAGUAGCCGUCUCCCGCGCCGGCGGACUGGGGUUUAUUGGCCCCGGUGCCAAAACACAGGACACAUAUGAUGAUCUCGAGAAAGCAUCAUCGCUCAUACGCCAAGAGGCCGGCACACUACCUGUCGGCAUAGGAUAUCAGCUCUGGGCUGAUGACAUCAAUGUUGCCGUCGCUGCUAUCAAGAAACAUAAACCAUGUGCAGCCUGGCUAUACGCCCCAAGACAGGGACCCAAGGAAUACGACGACUGGUCAAGCAAGAUCCGCCAAGCAUCUCCCAACACCCAAAUCUGGAUCCAAAUUGGAACUGUGAAGGAGGCAAAGGAGCUUCUUCAGAACCUUGAGCGACCAGAUGUUGUUGUUGUGCAAGGAGCUGAAUCUGGUGGCCACGGUCGGGCCAAAGAUGGAAUGGGGCUUAUGGCGCUGUUUCCAGAAGUAGCAGAUGCCAUGGCAGGCAGCCAGAUUCCUUUGUUUGCAGCUGGUGGGAUUGCGGAUGCGCGUGGUGUUGCAGCGGCGAUGUGUCUUGGAGCUUCGGGCGUCGCGAUGGGGACUCGAUUCCUGGCUGCUAGUGAAGCACGCAUAAGUCGGGGUUACCAAGACGAGGUUGUACGUGCGGCGGAUGGUGCAGUCUCGACCACGCGUACGCUACUGUAUAAUCACCUCAGAGGCACUUUUGGGUGGCCGGAGGAAUAUUGUCCCCGGACUAUUGUGAACAAAUCAUUUGUUGAGCAGCAGGAAGGAAAGUCAUUUGAAGAACUAAAGAAACUUCAUGAUGAAGCUGCUAAGACGGGCGAUAAAGGAUGGGGACCUGAGGGAAGACUCGCGACAUAUGCAGGGGCCUCUGUUGGACUGAUACAUGAUGUGAAAGAUGCACAAGAUAUUGUCCUUGGGGUUAAAGCGGAUGCAUUCGAGAUAAUUCAGCGGCUGUCUCCCUAA